CAAUGACUUAGCUGAAUUUUAUGCACAAUGAGACAGUCCUUGAAAAUAGCUUGAAACAGAACCAAAGCUCUAGUUUCACUUUCAUUUUGACUCCAGGACUGUUUAAAAUCCUCUACAGGAUUCUAGCUGUUCAUUAUUUCACUGCAGCUGGAGUGUCUGCACUGCUCUCUCUGACUGAUCAUGGACAACCACAGGUUCAGCCCAAACAGGACUUACGGCUAUGGAACAAACAUUACAAACAACACUGAACUGAGGAUCGUGAUGGUGGGGAAGACUGGGAUUGGGAAGAGCGCUUCUGGAAACACCAUUCUGGGUCGAGGGUGCUUUCAGUCCAAAUGCAGCCCCAAAUCCAUGACUGUGAACUGCUCCAAAUGCUCCAGUAAUGUGGACGGACAGCAGGUUACUGUCAUUGACACUCCAGGUCUGUUCGACACCAGGUUUGAGGGAGACAAAACCAUCAAAGAUCUGAGUCAGUGCGUCUGUUACGCCGCUCCUGGACCCCACAUCUUCCUGGUGGUCGUUCCAAUCGGCAGAUUCACAGCAGAAGAAUUACAAUCAGUGCAAAUGAUUCAAAAAGUCUUUGGAGAGGCAGCAGACAGAUACAGCAUGGUUCUGUUUACCCGUGGAGACGACCUUGAAGGCACCAUUGAAGAUUAUUUAUCUGACAGCCCAGAGCUGCAGGAUCUGGUGUCCAGAUGUAACAACCAGUAUCAUGUCUUCAACAACAAGCUGAAAGAUAAGAAACCUCAGGUCACUGAGCUGCUGAGGAAGAUCAGAACCAUUGUUGACAAGAAUGGAGGAAGUCACUACACCAAUGAGAUGUUCCAAGAGGCUGAGAGGGCAGUUGAGGAGGAGAAACAACGAAUCCUGAAGGAGAAAGAAGAGAAAAUACGCAAAGAGAAAGAAGAACUGGAGAGAAAAAUAAAAGAAAAGUAUGAGAAAGAGAUGGAGAGAAUGUAUAAGCAAAUCCAGGCUGACAGAGAGAGAGAGAGAAAGGAGAGAGAGGAGGAGAAGAAGGAGAGAGAGGAGAUGAAUGAGGAGAGGAGGAGGGAGAAGGAGAGGAUGCAUGAGGAAAGACAGAGGGAGAAAGAGGAGAUGUGUGAGCAGAGAAGAAGGGAAAUGGAAAGGAGUGAGGCAGAGAGAAAGGAGAGAGAGAAGCAGUUUGAAGCCCUGAAGGAAAAGCAGGAGAAAGAAAUUCAACAAGCAAAAUCCAGGCUGCAGUCUGAGCAUGAAUCUAAGGCCAGAGAAGAAGCUGAGCAAAAUAAUCCUCUCUAUCAUUUGGCUAAAGCUGGAGAAUACCUGGUUAAUGCUGGAAAACAGGUUGUUAACAUUGGAAAAGAUGUUUUUAAUGCUGGAUGUAGCCUUGUUAAAUCUUUUACCAGCUUGUUUUAAUAGUAAAUGGUGAAAGUUGGAACCUUGCUGCUCAUACAAACAUGAGGAUGAACAAAUUUCAACCGCAAGUUCCUUAACAAAAACAAAGUAUAAAACAUGGAGAACAGAAAACAACAAACUAGAUUCUGUUUCUUUCAUUGUUAAUAAAUGAAGCAGAUCUCCAGUCAGAGUAAAACUCCUUCACCACAUCUUGACAUUAAAACUCAGAACCUGGAUGUUCUUUACACCUUGUUGGAAAGUUCAUGUGAGGUUUUCUAAGAACACAGUUAUAUUUGAUCAUCAUGGACUCUGCACCUCCUGAUAGGCAUGAAUAAUUUGGAGCUUAACUGUCUAUAAUAUGAAGCUGCCAGACUUUAACAAUGUUGGAGAUCUUGAAGACUGCAGGCUGAUCUUAAGGCUGUUUCACAUGCAGUCAAAGAAAAAGUUUGAAUCCUUGUCAAGUUAGUGUUUGCAUAUUAUUUCAAAGUAUUUCACGUAUCACUCUUUAAGCUCUUAGAAACUGUCUUUUGGAAAAUGUAUAUUGUUGCUGGAAAGAUUAGCAUAAAUAGAAAAUGACAGUAAAUGUACUAGAUUCAGGAUGAUUUUUACUUCAAUAUUCCUGCACUUUUUGCAAUAAUUCUCACUUUGUGAUGAUUGUUUGAACUGAUUUCUGUCACCCUGAUUUGUGUCACCCUGUUCUGAAUAUGAAAUCACAAAUAAAGCUUGAUGAAAACAAUAAA